GAUGUGGUGUGAAGGUGAUAACAUUGGCUGUCUAAAAGGUAUGUAAGUGUUAAUGGCACUGAUAGUUUAAACCUGGUCAUAUGUUUGGUAACAGCAUUUACAUUUUUGUUCCAAAGGAUCUAAGGAACGAUAAGGUUGUAAUCAGUCCAAUAUAUAACAUAUAUAAAUAUAUGAUUACGGACAGCUUUUGGAGCGUUCCUUAUUAAACGCUGAGUAUAUAAUAAUUAUAAAAAGUCAUUCGAAACUAAUUUUUUUACUACACAUUUUAAAACAAAUCUAUACUUAUACAUUUCUUUCUACUAUUGCCGCACAUUUUAAAAUAAAUGUUUCCACAUUCGACACAUUUCUCGCAAGCCUUGUUUGAAGAAAUUAAUGAUUAUUAAAUUGUUGUUACCAUUUUGUAGCGAUCAUUUGUGAAUGAUGAUGUUACUUGUAAAAUAGAGUCUUUACACUUUACGAAACUUUACUCCAUGUAUUUUGCAUCACAAUUUAUUAUAUAAAAUUCCACGACAUUAAGUACAUAAUAAAUAUAUCCGAAAUUGAAGGAACUAUAAUUGAUUUCGUCUAUUUACUUCACAUAAGAUUUUCACACAGAUAUUUUUAUUAAGUUAAACGAUGUAAUGAGAUGUACGGCAAGAGCCUAUCUUCAAUCAACACAUGCUUCCAUUUUCACUAAUGUACUUCUAUUCUUCUUGCGCAUGACACACCUUAAUUAACUUCGUGUUUCUUCUAACUUAUACAAAGCAAUACAUUAUUCCGAAACCGAAUUAUUAUCUAAGUAUUUGAUCCGUGACAGUUUCAGAAACACCAUAAAGAUGACAUUGUUACAUUUUCUCACGUUUGCAUGUCUGGUGAGUGCUCUCCUCGCCCAAAGUAAGUUGACGUGGUGCACUUUGUAACUUUGUGUUGAACAAACUGGAAAACUGACAAAAUAUUUGACCUAUUCCCCUUCCUCGCUUCAUUUGAUUCAUUAAUGUAGCUAUUAAUGUUUCAUUGGGUUCAAUGUAGAAUUUAAAGAAUAUUUUGAACAAUAUCAUUUUGUGAGUUGUUUUUUUUUCCAACCAAAACUACAUUUCAAGUUAAGGUAUUAAAUAAAUACAUGACCAAGUGCAUAACAAACAAAGUGUGGUGACAUUAAACUACAUUUCAAGUUAAGGUAUUAAAUAAGUUAGUUAAUGCCAACUAACUUUCACCAAUUUUACAAGUGCUCACAUUCUACAUUAAAUAACAUAUUUUAAGAUAUUUUUUGGUUGUUGCCUUUUGCAGCCUGUCCUGAUACAGAUAUAACUUUCCUCUUUGACCAGUCCGAGAAUGCACUGACAGCGUCCACGAAUGAUCCAAUCAACUCUUUGACCAGAUUUGACAUUCUUCGAGAACAAGUCGCCAAUGCCUUGCGCAACUCUCGCAUCCUCAACACCCCUAGAAAUAUUGAUAUAAGGUACAUGGGAUUGUCUGGCAUCUAAUGCAAACAAACAAGAGGAACAUCUCAAACAAAAAAACAACAACUUCGAGCAAAAUAUUUUAUAUUAGUGGUUUCAAACUCAAAUUAUCAGGGGCCACAGGAGAUAGAGUCUGAGUGAGACUGGGGCCGCACCAACUAUUCCACACAAAAAGCAAUUACAAAUUCAAUAAAGUACAACUGUUACAAUCUGAUAAACCGUAAUUAAUAACAAAUAAAAAUUUAAUCGUUUUCAAGAACUAAGCUUCACUUUUAUCCUCCUACUCCUUGUUGCCAGAGACCUUGUUAUAUAACUGAGCAACAUUUUCGCUUGAGUGAGGAAUGAACUGAGACCCUCAGUACAGCUCAAAGAUGCUCAUCAGUAAGUUUGGCCCUGAACUUUGACUUGAUUCGCUGGAACAAACUGGAAAUCUCAGGAAACUAGAGGGCCAUUCUCUCUAAAAUUGUUCAAGCUUGUCUGUGUUUCCCUUCACCUCCCUGGGCUUAACUUUGAGUUCAGAAUAGUACUGAAGAUCAAUCAGCUCCAGUUGAAGUGCAAAAAUUGAGUGGGGGGGGGGGAGGGUCGACAUAUUUGACACUGAGGGAAGAAAGGAUCAGCAAAAAAUUGAAAAGUGUCUCUAUGUAUUUUCAAGUCUGCAAACCUGUGAUUGAUUCCAACAUGGGCUUAACUUUGAGUUCAGAAUAGUACUGAAGAUCAAUCAGCUCCAGUUGAAGUGCAAAAAUUGAGUGGGGGGGGGGGGAGGGUCGACAUAUUUGACACUGAGGGAAGAAAGGAUCAGCAAAAAAUUGAAAAGUGUCUCUAUGUAUUUUCAAGUCUGCAAACCUGUGAUUGAUUCCAACUGCGGCCAUGUUUGUCAAAAAACGCUUUACAAUAAAAAUUUUAAUCCGAUUUUUCAAAACGUUUCUUGCCAUUAUAAUCAACAUUCAAACCUAUACAAAUAUUUAAAAAAAAUAAGAAUUAGAACAGUCGGUGAGAUUUGACUGAAACCGUCGCUGAGAGUCACAAUAUAGAAAUGAUAAUGGGGAAAACGCGCGAACCGCAUUACAACUGAACUUUGAAGUAAGGUAUCGGGCCAAAAAGUAUCGUCUUGGGGACCGCCAAUGGCCCUCGGGCCGUGAGUUUGAGACCACUGCUUUAUAUUAAUAGAACAAACAAAAUCAGAUGUUGUUGUCAUUUAUCGUAUAUCAGCAUUUUAUUUCAUUGAAAUAACAAGAAAAAUAAAGCCCAAAAUAAGUCUCGUUACUUGAUCUAAAAAGUUAAAAUUACAAAGGCGGUUCUCAAACUGUGGGUCACGAUCCUUUGUGUCUCGAAAAACUCUUACACAGGGAUUGCCCUUGCAACAUCGGAAAAUACACAUUUACGAAGUAACAACGAAAAUAGUUUUUUGUUUGGGGUUCACCAAAACAUGGGGAACGUUGUUAAAGGGUCAUGGCAUUAGGAAGGUUGAAAACCACUGAAUUAAAACAGAAUGUUUCAUAUCGAUAUAUAUAUAUAUAUAUAUAUAUAUAUAUAUCCACAGAGUUGGAGGCUACGGCUACAGUAGUUCUGCAAACGUGACGUCAGUCAUCCCCAAAGAUUCAUCACCAGACGCUGCUAUUGGGUCACUUGUUAAUGGCUUGUUUCUGAUUAAAAAUGUAAGUAAUAAUGAUUACAAAUGUAUAUAACAAGGUUUACAAAUGUAAGUAACAAUGAUUACAAAUGAAAGUAACAAAGGUUACAAAUGUAAGAAACAAUGAUUCCAAAUCGAAGUAACAAAGGUUAUAGAGGUACAUAACAAUGAUUACAGAUGUAAGUAACAAUGAUUAUAGACGUAAGUAGCACUGAUUACAAAUGUAAGUCAACAUAAUUUUAGAUGUAAGUAACAAUGAUUACAAAUGGAAGUAACAAAGGUUUUAAUUUAUGUAACAUAAUUACAAAUGUAAGUAACAAUGAUUACAAAUGGAAGUAACAAAGGUUAUUGAUGUAUGUAACAUAAUUACAAAUGUAAGUAACAAUGAUUACAAAUGGAAGUAACAAAGGUUAUAGAUGUAUGUAACAUAAUUACAAAUGUAAGUAACAAUGAUUACAAAUGGAAGUAACAAAGGUUAUUGAUGUAUGUAACAUAAUUACAAAUAUAAGUAACAAUGAUUAUAGACGUAAGUAACACUGAUUACAAAUGUAAGUAACAAUGAUUACAAAUGUAAGUAACAAUUAUUAAAAUGUAAGUAACAAUGAUUAAAAAGGAAAGUAACAAUGAUUACAAAUAAAAGUAACAAUAAUUACACAUCUUCUAGUUGACAAUACAUACGUUUGUUUAUCCCUUCAAAACUGUCUUUCUUAUCAAAUUUCCAUUCUGACAAAUGAAACUAUGAGAUGUAAUCACAUGACGUAAACACAUAAUGUAAACACAUAAUGUAAACACGUGAUAUAAACACAACAUAUAAACACAACAUAUAAACACAUGAUAUAAACACAUGGUAGCAACACGUGAUUUCAACACAUGAAAUCAACACAUGUUUUAAACACAAAAAGUAAACUCAUAAUAUGAGCACAAGAAGCCUUGAGAUUAGCACCACUUAACUCGACGCAACUAACAUCUUUUAAGAAAAUGUCACAGCACUUCAUGUAUAUCUACCAUCAUCUCCCAUUGCCAUCAUUCAGUACUUCAUGAAUAUCUACCAUCAUCUCCCACUGCCAUCAUUCAGUACUUCAUGUAUAUCUACCAUCAUCUCCCAUUGCCAUCAUUCAGUACUUCAUGUAUAUCUACCAUCAUCUCCCAUUGCCAUCAUUCAGUACUUCAUGUAUAUCUACCAUCAUCUCCCAUUGCCACCAUUCAGUACUUCAUGUAUAUCUACAAUCAUCUCCCAUUGCCACCAUUCAGUACUUCAUGUAUAUCUACCAUCAUCUCCCAUUGCCACCAUUCAGUACUUCAUGUAUAUCUACUAUCAUCUCCCAUUGCCAUCAUUCAGUACUUCAUGUAUAUCUACAAUCAUCUCCCAUUGCCACCAUUCAGUACUUCAUGUAUAUCUACCAUCAUCUCCCAUUGCCAUCAUUCAGUACUUCAUGAAUAUCUACCAUCAUCUCCCAUUGCCAUCAUUCAGUACUUCGUGAAUAUCUACCAUCAUCUCUAAUUGCCAUCAUUCAGUACUUCAUAAAUAUCUACCAUCAUCUCCCAUUGCCAUCAUUCAUUACUUCAUGAAUAUUUACCAUCAUCUCCCAUUGCCAUCAUUCAGUACUUCAUGAAUAUCUACCAUCAUCUCCCAUUGCCACCAUUCAGUACUUCAUGAAUAUCUACCAUCAUCUCUCAUUGCCACCAUUCACUACUUCAUGAAUAUCUACCAUCAUCUCAAAUUGCCAUCAUUCAGUACUUCAUGUAUAUCUACCAUCAUCUCCCAUUGCCACCAUUCAGUACUUCAUGAAUAUCUACCAUCAUCUCUCAUCGCCACCAUUCAGUAUUUCAUGAAUAUCUACCAUCAUCUCUCAUUGCCGCCAUUCAGUACUUCAUGAAUAUCUACCAUCAUCUAUUAUUGCCGCCAUUCAGUACUUCAUGAAUAUCUACCAUCAUCUCCCAUUGCCACCUCCCCUAAUCCUUCCCAAAUCAAUAAACACUCACAUAAAGAGCACAUGACGUCAUUAUUUCUUUACAUUGAAAUCCAACCACCAUAAAAGAACACUCAUCUUUAAAAGCGCCAACCAAUAUAGAAGAACCAUCCUACAUGACAUCAACGUCCCUUAUAAAAAUUAUUAAAAAAAACACCUUUCUUUAAAAGCCUCCAUUUCUUUUAAAUUUCUAAGACCAAUUUGGUCUCGACGUCACACUAUAAUACUAAACAAUGUUUUCCCCAUUCCAUUUUCCGAAAUUCUUUCUCUUAAAAUCUGAAGAUUUUCCAGUUAUUCUUAUCAAUCCCUCUUUUUCACAUCUUUAACAAACCUAUAACAUCCUACUCUUCGUCUAACUGCUACUUCAAAGUGGCUAACAACUUUUCAAAUUCCUUUACUUCCAUAAUUCAUCUCACUACCUCUGUUCCUCAAAUCCCUCUUCCCAAAUCGUAUGGUAUCCCACUUUUCCCUCCCCUUUAUACGAACUUAUUUAAAUUGGAAUAUAUUUUAAAAAAUACAAACAAGGCGUUUAAGAUAAAGCAAGCGAUGAUAAAAUAUAAUAAGAAUGUGUUAUUCAGCAAAAUAAAUUGAAAUGUAUUUUAAUUUCAAUUCAAAUAAUAUUCAUUUUAAGCAAACUAAAAUAAGUACGCUGAUUCAUAAAACUCAGACGUUUAACUCUCUGAAAAAUAUAAAAUUCACGUGCGAUUGUUAUAAUAGUAAGUUGAAUCUUGCUUGAUUGUGCAUCAGUGCUAAAACAUAUUGUACACAACAAUGAUCAGGGAGGUAUCGAUAAAUUAAUCAGUGUUUUGAUAUUUGAUUACAAUGUCUUCUUGAACACCUCAAGUAACAUAGUUCGACGUGAAUAUCUAGUUAUGUGUAGUAAACAUUCUAAUUAUUGUUCUCAAUUCCUGGAAAUUUUUUUUGUAAAUAUUUAAUAAUGGAUUUGGAACUAGAACUUAUGACCAGAAACGAAUGCCAAACUUAUAAAGUUUUUAUUUUUUUUUCCUAAAUGUGGCUACAUCCAACUAUUGCCUAACAAAAGUACGGUACGAUUAGCUUGUUAUCCUUUCAUAACGAUAUGGCGUGGAAUAUGAUCAACUAGUAGCAAGUGACAUGUGCCUCAACUUACCAUAUCAUUGAUUUUAUUCAUUAAUGGACACAUGUAAAUAUUAUUUCUUCUACAGUAUAGUUCAUUAAUUAUUAUUUUUUGUAAAUUAGAUUAAUGUUAUCUUAGUAGGGAAUCUUUUUUUCCAGGAAAUCAGAACCAAAGGAUUUAGAUAAUGUCAGUUGUAGGAAGGAAGAGGGAUGGAGAGGACCGUGCAGUAUAUACAUAUCAAAUCAAUCAAUAAUUCAAUCAAUAAAAUAUAAAUAGAUUUAUGGCUCGUAGUACUUUUGAGAGUUUGCUCCUAUUUGUCAACCCCUUACUGUAGCCGGCAUUUAUAAAAUGUACAUCUGCCUGUUUCCUGUUCACUGGUAAAACAUGGGUCACAACUCCACCAGCCGGACACUCAUUUGUCAUCAACCUCUAAUAAAUAUCACACUUUUUAAUAUCAAGAAAUUUAAUUGUUUCGCAAUUAUUGGUUUAGACUUUUUUUAUGAUUUAUUAAGAAACGUAUCCACUAAUUGGAAACUUUAAUCUCAAUAAACACAAUUGGAAACGAAAAACAUAUCGAACUAAUAUGAUUGAUGAAAAAUGUCUAUCUGACAUUCACAUUAGGCUGGUUCAUGGACCUACCGCGGUCUGCAAGGCAUCACAUCAGGACCCACUUACGCAAACAACAUACUGAUAGUUAUAUCAUCUCAAGGAUCAGCAUGGAGCACCAACAGGAGAUUGUUGGCCCAACAAGAGGCUCAAAGAGUUCGCUCUUUGGGUUGGAACAUAACUGCCAUUGCUCUACAAGUAAGUUCUAGAAACAAAGACUGGUUAGAUGCUAAAGGUAGUCAAUAAUAUAAGAAAUAAGACAAUUAUUACUAUUAUUUAUUUACAAUAAUUUUUUGAAACUUGUAUUAUUUCAUUUUAAAAUCUAAAUAUAAUUAUUACACAUUGUAUCCUUUAUAACCCUCAUUCAUGGCGGCUAAAUUCUUGCAUGGUAGACAAGCACACGGAAGUGUAAUGUUUGGCUCAUAUUUUGAUUGAUAGAAUUGACGUCUGAUGACCAGGAAUGCAUCUGCGCCUUUAAAAAAAAGUCUAAAUACAUUUUGGUGUUUGACUUUGAAAUUUAUCCAUGUUUAAAUUUGUUAUUUGAAUUACACGUUUUAAUGUGUUUUUUAAUGUGCUGAGUAUGACUAUGUACUAUUUAAUAAAAACAUGUGUCCAGUAAUUUGCAUCAGAAAAUGUAUCCUAUAUUAUUUAAUUAUAUUUCUCAUCUCAUCAAGUAAAAAGUUAAUUAUAAAAAACAACAACUUUGUAGUAGAAAUAAUGUGAAAUGUUUUUCACAGUAAAGAAUAGACAAUUUCCAAAAAUGUAUAACAUUUCCGCAUUCAUGAUUUACUAAGAAUUUGUAAAAAUAUAUCUAUAUAUAUUUCAGGGGAAAAACCCAAUUUACUUUGAAGAGUUGACAGCUGUCAACAACAAUCAGCCUCCCAUUGUCAUCAACGACACAACGAACACAGAUGACCCUAAAAGUUACCGUCUGCUGCGGCCUGAGUUGGACACCAUCAUCAACAGUCUAUGUAACGUGUGCCCCUCAGCACCGCCACUCUGUUAAGCUUUAGUCCAUCUUUAAUAUUAGGUCUUCUGAAGAGGGACGCUCUAACAAAGUCAUUUAGG